CGUAAUGUUCGAUAUGAUAAUUUAAUUUGAACAUAUCAAUCAAAGAGAAAUACAAAAUUAAUUUGAAUUGCAUCGCCCUAUGAUUUUGUGGAUAAAAUAUUGAUAUUAAUGGUAUUUAGAUUUACCUAAACCAGCUAUGAAUCUGUUUUCAAGUCCCGAGCAUAUCCUUCAAGGAGGAUAUUUUCAUUCAACUUUGAGAAAGUUACAAGAACCUAAUACUAGUAUAGAACCGCAUAAUAUUAUGUAUCCUGUUUUCUUACUGGAAAAUGACAAUGCGUUACAACCAGUAUCAAGCUUGCCCAAUGUCAACAGGUAUGGCAUUAACCAGUUAAUGCUUGCCCUUAAAGAUUUGGUGGCUAAAGGACUGAAGUCAAUUCUUAUAUUUGGAAUUGUUGAAACUUUAGAAAAGGAUGCCAUUGGUUCAAGUGCAGAUACUCCUGAAAAUCCAGUAAUAAAAGCACUUCCACGCUUAAGGGAAGCUUUUCCUGACCUACUGCUGGCCUGUGAUGUCUGUCUGUGUCCUUACACCUCACAUGGGCACUGUGGCCUACUCAGUGCAAAUGGAGCCAUUGAUCAUGGUGCUUCCACUAAAAGAAUUGCUGAAGUUGCAUUGGCAUAUGCUAAGGCAGGUGCCCAUAUUGUAGCACCCUCUGAUAUGAUGGACAACAGAAUAAAAGCAAUCAAAGAAGCACUAGUUUCUCACAAAUUAGAAAAUCAGGUGUCAGUGUUGUCUUAUUCAUGCAAGUUCGCGUCCUCCAUGUACGGUCCGUUCCGCGAUACAAUGAAGAGUUCCCCGAUGGCCAGUGACCGCAAGUGUUACCAGUUGCCGCCUGGCAGCGCCGGUCUAGCAGCAAGGGCCGCUGCGCGGGACGUGGCGGAGGGCGCGGACUGCCUGAUGGUGAAGCCGGGGUUACCGUAUCUGGACAUAGUGCGACGAACCAAGGAUCAGUUCCCUAAUCAUCCCCUCUUCAUAUAUCAGGUAUCUGGCGAAUAUGCGAUGAUAGCGCGCGGCGGUGACAGCGCAGAAGUACAGACAACCCUCAUGGAGAUUCUCACGUGCAUGAGAAGAGCAGGUGCUGACUGCAUUAUUACGUACUUCGCUCCUCUAAUUUUAAGUAUCAUAUCAGGGAAACAUUAAAAAAAGAGAAGCGAGAAAAGAACUGCAUAUUUUCUUAGUUAAUACAUAAUCGAUACACAAGUCACAAGGUUUUGUACCAAUUCAAACAUUUUGUCAUUCUUAUUCAACGGGCUUCAUCAAUGUUUAUGAAUGAAUGAUUUUUUUAUUUUUAUUUAAUGGGUGAGAUAGGCUUUGUUCCAAUAAGCAUAAUAUUCAUAGGUUUGGUGCUAAUUAUUGUAUUUGAGUUCUAUUUUUGUUGCUCAAUUUGUGUUGGUUUGUGUAAGUACAUUGUUUACUGUUGUUCAAUAUACAAUAAAUAUAUUAUAACGUUUAUAUUUGUCUAUUUUUAUUUUCCUAUCAGUCAGGGUAUUGCUUCUAUGAAUACGGUCAUUAUGAUGUAA